AUGGGUCUGAUAUCUGGAUUACCUACUGAUGGCAAUGCUGUUACUGGGACUACAGGACAGCCUUGGCAAUUACAAUGUCAAGAUUUGCUUGGGUUGGUCCCGGAUCGUGAAGUUAUGAAGGGAAAUACUGUUGCACUCACCUGGUUGAGAGAUAACUUUGACCAAAUUCCAGAGUACGCUGAUGAUGUCACUAUCCAGAGGCAUGCUCGAGCUUUCCUAUUACGCCUAAUUGGUGGAUCGCUAUUCGUUGAUCGGUCUGCUCAUAGGGUCAAUCUAAUGUUUUUGCCACUACUCGCUGAUUUCAACACUUGUGGUCAAUAUAGUUGGGGUGCAGCCUGCCUUGCUUGGCUUUAUAAAGAGCUUUGCAGAGCAACAUCAUCACAAGUGCAGCAAGUUGGCGGGCCACUUCAUAUUUUACAGAUUUGGGCAUGGGACAGAAUCAAGACAAUAGCCCCUACCAUCUCCCAGAUACAUCCCCUUCCAGAUACACCGAUUGGCAGUCGGUGGAGUAAUGCAAGAAGUAUUACCGAAGUUACAACGCAUGUGUUGGUGCAACUUCGGUACCAACUUGACCGCAUGGAAGCCGAAGAGUUUAUAUGGGAGCCAUACUCUGAUGAUGUGGUGGACGCUAUGCCAGAUUACUGUCUACAGGGUAGACAAAUAUGGAGAUCGGUUGUUCCACUGAUUUGUUUUCAUAUUGUUGAGUGGCAUCAACCUGACAGGGUGCUGAGACAAUUUGGAUUUUCUCAACCCAUUCCACAACCACCACGUCAAACAGAUGAUAUGCAUUCAAUAAAAUUAACUUCUUCAGCUACCAACUGGAUGACCGAGAACCAACAUUGGAUUACGCUCUGGGAAUCAAGGCACCGACGAAUUGUGGCCAGCAAUACUAUGACACAGCCAUUACAUUACCAUUCACAGUAUAUGGAAUGGUACAGAAUGAUUGCACGUCGGUGGGUGUCUCAAAAGGGUGCAUCAAUCGGCGCUGUGGAGGAUGGUCUGGAGAACUGCCGCUUAUGGGCGAGUCAAGUUCGUCACCCAACAGUAGAUAAAAUUGGAAAUGCAGUUAAUUCAAUGUUUCAUGCACUUCGUUUGUUUGAUCGCAUUUCCCAAGUACCACCUCCACAGCCGGCGCCACCUUCCCAACCACUUCCGGAUGACGUACAUGACGCACCCUCCUCCUCCAGGAAUGCUCCACGACAACGUCGCCACACUACCAGGCCAUCAAGGGAGAUGGAAAUUCCACAGCCUACGCCAAAUCAAGGUGUAAUGCAGAUACCAUCACCAGUUGCAUUCCAUCCAUACGGCUCAUAUACAGAAUUGGGUCAAUCUUCACAAAUGCCAACUUAUGGAGACGAUUUUCAUAGUCAGUAUACAGGAUGGACACCAGGGCCUUCUUCUAUGCCUUUUCAGUCGUUUACUCCAACUCCUUCCAAUUACGAUCAGACUGGAGGGGAAGGCAUGGCUAGCACGUCAUUCGACUUCUUCUCUCCUGCGCAACCACAUACUCCAUCAGAGUCUGUUUUUCCAGCAUUCCCUCGACAAUCAUUGGAUGAUCCCUCAAGCAGACUUAGCUUGUUUUCCUCGGAAUUUCCUGAAUUAUUUUCGGCAACCCCUUAUUCAGGAGAUUUUGUUUUUGCAACUCAGGAUCCAGUUGUUGGGGAGAGUUCAAGACAUCGAUCUCAACCUCCUGAUUUAAAUAUAUCUAUGGCUGACGAUGAUGUUGGAAAUUCUCAAGAAACUCAACAGGAGCCAUCAUUUGACGGGCGUCGGUAUAACACAAGACGUCCUCAUGAGAGGAGACCAAGACAUUGUGGCACGGGCGGUCAUUUGCAUAGUCAUCAUUAG